GUGUGUGUGUGUGUGUGUGUGUGUGUGUGUGUGUGCGUUGGUGCGACCGGAUUAUGAGGACAAAACACAUGGAUACAUACCGACUCUAUGAGGACAUACCGUAACUAUGAGGACAGCACUAAUGUCCUCAUAAGUCGAGCAAUGUAGAAAGGCUUAUAAGGUAGCGAUAAACCACCUCCCGCUUUUUCUCAAUAUGUCCUUAUAAAUCCGUUGUACCCGUUUUUCAGUGUGUAUCAGUGUAUGCUCAGAGUGUAUAAUCUCCCUCUAUGUGAAAUUCGAUGGUACUGCAGUAUCAUACACAUUUCAUACACCCAGACCACGCCCAAGCGCGAUUCAUUGGUGGAACGCUGGAAUCCUCGUCAGUGAUUGGCUGCUUUUCACGUCCGUCAAAGUCAGCGCGCCGCGCCUGCGCAUUUGAUCUCUAUCGCCUGUGUGUUGUGACGGUGUGAUUAAUCAGAAGAGUCAAGAGAAGAUUAUUAAUUAGCAGAAUUCGAGCGAAGUUGACGAGCUAUUGCGGGAGAUUAUCACGAGGAAGUCAACAUGUUAAGAAAGAAGCGAAUAAAACCUGAGCAGGAUGCAAAAGAACACAUAUUGUCGGAUAAAGACAAAGCCUUCAUUGAGGGACGACAAAUCAACACAUUCAAAGGGAGAGGUGUGUUUGCACUUGAGCACAUUGAACCAUCCACCUUUGUUGUUGAAUACCGUGGGAUUCUCUCUCAAAGUAAACAUGUUAAAGAUGUUCAAGGCAACUACUUGUUCAACUUCACAUGGAAUGAAACACGUUAUUGAUGCAACAAAAGAGGACACUUCGCUUGGUCCACUUCGGUUGGUGAAUGAUGACAAAAAUCCAAAUUGCAAAGUCAAGACAAUCAUUGUUGAUGGAAGGCCACACCUGUGUCUGUGUACUAUAAGACAUAUCUUUCCAGAUGAAGAGGUCACAUACAACUAUGGGGAUUCCUCUUGGCCUUGGCGUUUAAGGGAAUUGUGUGACGAGACAUCAGUGGCUGUGACUGAAUGCAGUGUGAAUCCUUCCUCAUCAGUGAAACAGAAAGAAUUGUGUGACGAGACAUCAGUGGCUGUGACUGAAUGCAGUGUGAAUCCUUCCUCAUCAGUGAAACAGAAAGAAUUGUGUGACGAGACAUCAGUGGCUGUGACUGAAUGCAGUGUGAAUCCUUCCUCAUCAGUGAAACAGAAAGAAUUGUGUGACGAGACAUCAGUGGCUGUGACUGAAUGCAGUGUGAAUCCUUCCUCAUCAGUGAAACAGAAAGAAUUGUGUGACGAGACAUCAGUGGCUGUGACUGAAUGCAGUGUGAAUCCUUCCUCAACAGUGAAACAGAAAGAAUUGUGUGACGAGACAUCAGUGGCUGUGACUGAAUGCAGUGUGAAUCCUUCCUCAUCAGUGAAACAGAAAGAAAAAGACAAAUGAAUCAGGAUGAAACUGAGAACUCCAGAGAGACCAAAUCAAGGAGAAUAGCGAAAAGGCCAUGGAGCCCAAAUGAAGUUAAUGCUUUCGUGAAACAUUUCCAUAUUUCAAAGGGACACCUAGCAACAAAGAGCUGUGCAAGACUGCAGAGGACCCUGUCCUGAGAGAAAGAAUGGCCCAAAAUAUAAGGCAUUUCGUGAGGAACCGAGGUUUGAUGUUGAAAAAGAAAUCUUCUUAGAGUUCUUCGAGAGAUCAGUAUUGCCUUCCAUUAAAGGUGGUAUCGCUGAUACCACCUUUAAUGUCUGUGCGUUUUGUUCUGUAAAGUUCUCUAAAGUGUUGUUGGGCCAGAAGAGUGUUCAAGACAUCCUUUUAUAUACUUUUAUUAAACACUGUUUUGAAAGAAAUGUACAAAUACAUGCAUUUACUGGAAGGCAUUAUGUGCUUAUUAGAUCUCAGUUGUUGAGCCUUCUUUUUUACCAUUUGCAAAUAAAAAAAAAUGCCCUUUCAGUUUA